AUGCUCGCGCCCACGUCCGACUAUGGGUACACGCCGUCGCCGUCCAUGGGCUACGAGCUGCACCACCUCCAGAGCGGCGAGCGCCCCAAGCUCUUUAUGCAGCCGCCCGUGACGGGCGUCGACUCGUACGGCCACAUGGUCCUGCACCACACGUCGAGCCACCCGCACCACGUCAUGACCCCCCAGCCGCAACAACACGCCAUGACACCUCAACAUCAACAUCAACAUCAGCAACAACACGCCAUGACACCUCAACAUCAACAUCAGCAACAGCACGCGCUCAGUGAGACAGAGCCCCUGAUGAUGAACGUGCAGGGCCCGUCCGGCCACUACUACCCGCCGCCGCAGCUCGGCACGCACAUGCUCCACGUGUCGUCCGACUACGAGGCCUACAGCACGAACGGCAACGUGGUCGUGACGCCGUCGAGCGUGCGGUCCCAUCGCGGCUCGAAGCGCUCGCGCGAGGACCUGAACCUCAAGGAGAAGAAGCGCAUGUUCAAGCUCAACGACCGCAUCAACCAGCUCAAGGACAUGCUGGACGAGGCGGGCGUGCAGACCAAGAAGAACAAGCAGUCGGUGCUCGACAACGCCGCACAUUACAUUGAGAUGCUGCGCAGCAAUUUGCUCAUUGCCAAGCAAAAGGCCGAGCGCGCCGAGAAACAGACAGAGGUCUUUCGCUCGCAAGCGCAGCAGCACGCGGUCUGCAGCGCCGACAAAGUCGUGCACGGCGUGUUCCAGAAGUCGACGACGCCGCGCGUUGUCAUGGACCUGUCGCUGCAGCCCAUUACGUUCAACAAGGCGUUUGUCAAGCACACGGGGCUGUCAGAGGGGGCGCUCAAGACGCAGCAGACGCUGCGGCCGUACUUGUGUGCCGACCAGGACGAGCUCGAGAGCAUCAUGAAGACCGUGUGCGAGACCAACCAGUCGAUCAGCACGGUGGUCCAGACGUCCGUGGAUGGCGAGCGCGACGUGGCGGUCACGCUCGUGGCGGCAGUCGUCACGGACGACGCGGGCAAAGCGACGAACGUCGAGUUCAGUCUCAUUCCGAUCAAGACGCACCACCAAACGACACGCAGACCGAUGCGCGUGACGCAUGAAGCACGAGGAGGACGGCUGGACGAAGCAGAGCUGUCAGCGAGCGAGUCGCUGACCGAUGGCGAGCCCACGGACGACAACCCGCGGCUGUGA